CAGUUUGGUGAUCAAGAAACUAUGGAGCUACUCAAGGCAGAGCACUUCGAUUUCGGCAUCACUGAAAUAUUCAGCCCUUGCGCCUAUGCCAUUUUCGGCAUAAUCGAUUUGAAUAAUUAUGCUACUGCAUUUACAAGUGAUUUGUACGAAGUGGUCUCGGAUCCACUAGGCGAAGCGGUCCGUAAGAGUACGUUUGCGCUUACCAAUUCCGAAGAGCUGCUGGAAUUCCCACGCUUGGAUAGCCAUAAGGUCGUUUUCAUUGGAGGCAUUGCUGUGAAUACACCGAAACCACUGAACAAGGUAAAAAAAUUCAUUAUGCGCUUUCGCACAUACGCAAAUGCAAUUAAUAGCAGAGCGCACCAUGCGUUUUGUGCAAUUCCAUCCACCGAACGACUGCCUUUUAAUGAGAUUCAUUGCUUUGCACAUUGA